GCCGCCUCUGCCUUAUGGAUAGUUAAGUUGAGCACGGACAUAUGACACUCCAAUGUUUGGCAUGGAAAACCAACCACAGGUCCUUCCCUGGAUUGUUCCGGAAUGGUAGAAAACGGCCAUCAACCAGUGUAUCAUCCCGCUUUGCAUCAUUGAGUAACAAAAAAUGGAAACCUUUUGAUUUGAGCAUUUUUCUACUUUCGUCCAAUGAUGAACUGACUCCACUUCCAUCAGAUGAACUGGCCUUCAUGCAGGCUGGAUUGGGAAAGAGGACGGUUUCUCUUGACCGUGAUCUAACGCAUGUAGAGUUGUCAAGGCUAUUGCAGGCCACCUACCCAAAAAUGGUGGAGCUGCAGGACCGGUGGCUGCUUUACAAAGCAGGAGGUGGAAAUGGGAGGAGAAAAAUGUCCGCAAUCCCCUUGGAGGCUGAGGGCUACACUGGUGCUAUGCUCCGGAAAGUUUCAGGUGGUGGGAAAAGCACUCUUUACAUAGUGCCUCUUCAGGAUGAGUUGGACCUCUCACCACUCCCAGCAAGCGCUCCAGAGUUUGCUUUGAUGCCCAAGGCCAGCUGCAAGCACUGUUUUGCAGAGAUGCCUCUCCAAAUGUUGGCUCUACAUGACUGUAAAUGUGCUAGCCACACCAGCCCAGACUUGAAAGGGGAUGUCCAGUGUCCUAUAUAUGGCAUAUCCUUCCCAGUCCUGCUUAUCGAGGAACAUGCUAGCCAUUGUGGCCAAAGAACUGAGGACACAACCUCACCUGAGAGGGAACUCCAUCCUGAGACAGAUGACAUCUCAUGUGAGGAAGAUGUGAUCAUGUGGCUCAAAUCAAAAGUGGAUACCAGCAAGACCUUUGAGCUCUGUGUGUCUCGAGAUAAUAUGUUUGAAAGAGGUCUGAAGUUAUGGAAGCGCAACAAAAAGGCUACACCAAUUAAUCCCUUGAGGAUCAAAUUCCUUGGAGAGGCGGGGAUUGAUACAGGGGCCCUUAGAAAAGAGUUUCUGACCACAAUGGUAUCUGGGAUUGAGCAGCGCCUUUUUGAAGGUGUGAAGUCCAAAAUGCCCAAAUAUUCUGUGAAUGACUUUGAUGAAGAGCUCUUCAGGAUUGCGGGUGAAAUCUUUGCUACAAGCAUUGCCCAAGGUGGACCUGCACCACGUUUCCUCCAGCGGUGGUGCUACAACUUUCUAGUAUCUGGCAAGCUCUCAUUGGAUCAAGUCCUGGACCCGAGCUUAUCACCGCUAAUAACAACAGUUGCAGAGGCGUCCGACAUGACUGACUACAUUGCAGACAUUAUGGAUUGUGGCUAUACUGGCAAGAUCGACAUGGAACACAAAGAACAUUCUAAGGUAGCAAUCGGUCUGCAUGUCAUGACAAAAAGAAUGCCCAUGCUUCAGCAACACCGUGAGGGCUUGGACAUCUACGGCUUCUCCCAAGUGAUGCAGGCAAAGACGGAAGAGUGCCGCAGUCUGUUCGUCGCCGGAGACGACGAGUCGGUGGACUCUUAUUACAUCACUUCCCAUCUGGCGCCGGUGAUGAGCGAAAGGGGCUGCAACAAGCACCACAAGGAGACCCAGAUCCUUGAACACUUUCAAGACUUCCUGCACGAGCUGGAAGUUGCUGAACCAGAUGCCACGUCUGAAGACAUCACAACUGUACCCUCAGUGAUGCAGUGGAUUACGGGUCAAGCCCACAGACAUCUUUGA